AUGUACGCCCAAACAAGAACUCUCAUCCUCCUCUUCUCAUUGGCAUCCGUAUGGUUUAUCGGCUUACCACCUUCCACCGCCGCCCCUGCAACCCCCAUUGUCCCUACCGCUGCCCCUACAACCCCCACUGUCCCUACCGCCGUCCCUGUACCCCCCAGUCUCCCCAACUCCGCCCCUGCAACCCCCAUUCUCCCUACCUCCGCCCCUGAAACUUCCGUCCCUGCAACCCCCACUCUCCUUACCUCCGCCGCUGAAACCCCCAUUCUCCCUACCUCCGUCCCUGCAACCCCCACUCUACCUACCUCCGCCCCUGAAACCCCCAUUUUCCCUACCGCCCCACCUACCACCACCACUCUCCCUGCCGCCACCCUGCUUCCCCUACCAUCGUAA